ACGAGAGAAUGAGCUGGGUCGAGUGAUGCCAAGCAUGUACAUAAUUUGAUAUCACGAGGCGGGAAUUUUAAAACCGAGAUUGAGUUUAAUUUCAUAUCUUAUUGUGUUUCUUAUCAAGAAUGUAUAAAGCAAAGAACCAGGGACAGAAUAUGGCGGAUCCAUUGAAGAUUCUCAAUAUAUAUACAUCUAUAGAAGGGGAUACCACGACUACGUAUCUCUUUCAUACCACUACACUUCAAUCCGGUAAAAUUCAAUUUACCGUCACAUACGGACUUACGUAUGCUUCAUGCAAGUUCACUUCCGAGAGAGAUACCGACUGCUACCUAGUAGGCAGAGGAUUUCAACCGACUUACAACUCAACAUUGAGUCCAAUGGCAGCUUUCAAGUUGAUGUUGCUCUGUGCAAUUUUACACGCUUGUUCAUGUCAAAUAACUCCGGAGAUGCUGCCAAUAUUUUUAGCACCUCUUGAAAAUCAUACGGUAACCCAAGGACGUGACGUGUUCUUCACAUGUGUCGUCAAUCAUUUGCAUUCUUACAAGGUUGCGUGGAUAAAAUCAGACUCGAGAGCAAUUCUAGCAAUUCAUACUCAUAUGGUAACACACAACCCCAGACUAUCAGUAACGCACAAUGGCCACGACACUUGGAAACUACACAUCGCAAAUGUCCAAAAAAAUGAUUCCGGUACUUACAUGUGUCAAGUUAAUACUGAUCCGAUGCGCAGUCAAAUGGGAUACAUGGUGGUGCAAAUACCUCCGGAUAUAAUGGACGACGAUUCAACAGACGGGUACGUGACUGGAGAACGAGGAAAUAUAAAAUUACGGUGUGUGGCUAUGGGUAUUCCGCAGCCGACAGUUACGUGGCGACGAGAAGAUGGCAGAAACAUAACUCUUAGAGAAGAGGGUCGAGAGAAAGUUUCCGUAAAAAGUCUAGAAGGCGAAACUUUAAAUCUAACCGGAAUCAUGAGGAACGAAAUGGGAAAUUAUCUAUGCAUAGCAAGUAAUGGCGUUCCACCAACAAUAAGCAAGCGUUACAACGUACAAGUACACUUUCAGCCAACAACAAAAGUAACAAAUCAAUUAGUCGGGGCGCCGAUUAAUCGAAAUGUCACAUUGGAAUGUACCGUAGAAGCUUCGCCGCGCGCUAUGAAUACUUGGUACCGUGAUAAAGGUGAGAAGUUACUACCGAGUUUCAAAUACACAAUGUCGGAGUCGGCUUUGAACGAGUACACGUGGCAGAUGAAUUUGACGAUACACAAUUUGGAGAAAAAGGACUUUGGAGGGUACGUGUGUGCCGCGGUUAAUGCACUAGGACACUCUGAAUCCUCAGUAAGACUACAAGAACUAGAACUGGCAACAGAAACAACCCCAGGCCCAAUAUCACGAAACACCGACGCAAAAGUGCGUAAAAAACCUUACAGCAAGCAGAAACCAAACCGGCGACCCAACAACAGUCACGACGACUGGGACAAUAACAAUCUAAGCGGUAAUAACAAUAAAAAUAAUUACAAUUACAUUAACGAGGAGUAUGGCACAACCCAGAUGAUGGGCGGUAGCACUCAAGUGCAUCGCACUGAGAGACCGCUUGCUUCUCCGUCUCCUCCUUGGAAGAUUCUCAACAACACUCCAAGAUUAUCGUCCUGCAAAUCCACGACUCUAUUAUUUCUUUUUAUGACUUUCGCAAUCCACUAGACCUAUUAAUUCAUUAAAAAUAUUUAUGAUACUAUAAUUGAAGUACACUGAUAAAAAAAUAUAACUUGAUUCAAGAAAAAAAAUUUUAAACUAAAAAAACCAUUAGAAUGUUUUGAGUCAAGCAGAAAAAUUUUUGAACUAAAAUUUACUAAAGGAUUUUCAUGCGCUAUACUAGGGUCAAAUGUUAUCGAAACUUUAUAUUGUUCUUGGAACCUGGUACUGUUCUUGGAACCUACUACAGUUCCUGGAACCUGAUAUUGUUCUUAGAACCUAAUAUUAGUUUCACAACCUUAUGUUGUUCUUAGAACCUAAUACUAGUUUCAGAACCUUAUGUUGUUCUUGAAACCUAAUAUUGUUCUCGACACAUAUUAUUAUUGGAACCUGGUUCUAUUCUUGGAACCUGAUCUUGUUCUUAGAACCUACUAUUGUUUCCGGAACCUGAUAUUGUUCUUGAAAUCUGAUACUAUUCUUGGAACCUGAUAUUGUUCGUAGAACCUACUAUUGUUUCCGGAACCUGAUAUUAUUCUGAGAACCUAAUAUUGUUUUCAGAAGCUUAUGUUGUUUUCGAAAUUUGUUGUUCUUGGAACCUUAUGUUGUUCUUGGAACCUACUAUGGUUCUCGGAACCUGAUAUUGUUCUCAGAGUCUCAUACUGUGCUUAGAACUUAAGUUCUGAGAAAAACAUAAGGUUCUGAAAACAAUAUUAAGAUGUUAUUCUUAAAACCUGGUAUUGUUCUUGGAACCUUCCAUGGUUCCCGGAAUCUGAUAUUGUUCUUAGAACCUAAUAUUAGUUUCAGAACCUUAUAUUGUUCUUGGAAUCAAAUAUUGUUCUCGGAACUUAAUAUUGUUUUCGGAACCUUAUGAUUUUCUCAGAACUUAUGUUGUUCUUUGAACCUGGUAUUAUUUCUAGAGCCUUCUAUGGUUCCCGGAACCUUCUAUGGUUCCCGGAACCUGAUAUUGUUCUUAAAGUCUAAUACUGUUCUUAGAAUCUAAUAUUGUUUAAAGAUCCUUAUGUUGUUCUUGGAACCAGUUAUUGUUCUUGGAACCUAACAUUGUUCUCGGAACUUAUAAUGUUCUUGGAGCCUAGUUCUUAGAACUUACCAUAGUCCUUAGAACCUAAUACUGUUCUUAGAAUAUAAUAUUGUUCUCAGAACCUUAUGUUGUUCUUGGAACCUAACUCUGUUCUUAGAACCUUGUGAAUACUAUUAUAUCUUCAAACAUGUUGGGCUUUUGAGAAAAAUAUUACAAUAUAUUAAAAAAUCAGUAAAAAAAAUAAAAUCUUUAAAAAUUAUUUUCUUAGUUCAAGAUUUUUUCUCUUGACUCUAAUUCAUUAUUUUAUCAGUGCACAUUUCGGUAUUAUACACAAAUAUUA